AUGCCAUUCUCAGACUCUCUAUCUAAAACUGAAAAAUAUCUGCAUGAGAAGCUCAGCCUUGAUGGACCUAACUACUCUCAAUGGGCGACUGGCUUCAAAAUGUGGGCAGGAGGCCUUGGCCUCUGGCCCCACAUCAACAGCAAUAAAAAAGAGCCAUCUCCACCAGCCUCACUCUCAGAUCCUGACCAAAAUAUCCUUCACCAGGAGAAGCAUGCUGAAAACAUGAAAAUGUUCAAGCAAUACACGGAUGAUCUGCAGGUUGGAUGGGAUGCACUCACAACCAAGUACCUACCACAGAAGGCCAUUUGUUUCAACCAGUACUUAGACCACCUCUUUGCAAUCCCUAAAGCCAAUGACAGUGUAACGAUCUCACAGGCACUUCAGGCACUUGCUGUUCUGAAAGCGGACCUUGCGGCACUCACUGACAAUUCCCAAUCCACCACUAUGACACUGGCUGUCACCGCUUCACCUGCAGCUACAGUACCCCAAAAUGACUACAAAAUCCCUGAUGGAAUCUUUAUGCUCGUGAACAGCAUCACAUCACUUGACUUUAAUGAUGUUGUUAACCGACUGAAGACUCAGGAACUGCAUCAUGCCAGUACAGGUAGUAGCACUGAGCAUGUUGUCAUGCUCACUGGGCAUCGAGGAGGCAGUAUGCUACAGCAAAAAGGAGACCGGGUCCCCCCAAAGGGCUUUGAUGAGGCUAAAGGAGAUGGAUGGAUUAUGGGUUGGCGCCUGAAAUGCGGCCACUGCUCUAAGGCUGGGCAUGUUUGGGUUCAAUGUCAUACAUGGCACUCCAAGGACGACAAACCGCUGAAGUCAGCAUCACUUCCCCUUCCCCAACCUUCCACUGAUGCUGACACUCACUUGGCAGGGACAGCUGAUGGCACCACACACCCUCCGGCACAUCUCACAUUGGGUGACCUCUCACUGCACUGUCUUGCCUGA